CAGGCACUUGCAAAGCAGUUUGCAGAAAUUCUCGACUUUACACUUACAUUUGAUGACUUAAAGGUAAUUUUAGGCAUUACUGUUCCUCCUUGAUGUAGGUUGUUAAGGGAAAGGAACUGGGAAUUCAUGUAUUCAUGGCAUUACAUGUAUAAAAUUCUGAAAAUUAAUCACCACCCCGCAGACAAGUAUAAGGAAUUUCAACCAUAAUGCUAUUUACUGUAUAGAGAUUUAUGGUGUCAUCCACUUUUUGAACAUUUGGGCCAUGGCUGUUAGAACUGAUCUUGUCAGCUUAAAGCAACAUUAUAUUAGUUCCAUGAGCAGACGAGCAGUGCAGUCAUCAUGCCCAUGUGGAAUUCGUGUGAAACAUUGGCUCUUCUAAUGGUUUAUUUUCAUUAACAUUUCAGAUGACAAAUCCAGCAAUUCAAAAUGAUUUUAGUUACUACAGGAGAACACUAAGCAGAAGAAAAAUGGCCAAUGCAGUAAGAUGCUUACACUUUUAUUGUUGUUGUUGCUUACUUUUAUUAUUGUGGCUGGGUCAAAUACCCCAAAAAUUACAAAAGUAAAACCCCUUCAUUUUAAACCACCUAAAUCCUGAAACAGCAUAGGGCAUGGUUACUUUUUGAAGCAACACAUGAAUAUUUUAAAAAACUGCUAGUUUCUGAUCUCUGUUUGAGACUUUAAGAAUUCAUCAUAUAUAAUUAGGAAAUUGAGUAAUUUUAAUUUUCAGGGAUAGAAACCUUGUACCAGAUUAUUUAAGCCAUAUCGCAUUCUUGUUCUACACUUUACAAGGGCUAUAUAGAUGUAAUUAUUAGUCAUCUGUAUAACACCAAAGACAAUUUCUUAUGAUAGCCCGAAAAAAUAAAUUUCAUAAUUCAGUUCACAGGAAUUGAGAAAACACCAGUAAAAUCGUCAAGCAUAAGAUUUCAUUUUGUGAAAUUUGAGGCUUUCGAAGUCCUUUUUUUUUUUUGAGCUCCUAUAAGAAACUUUUCUUUGGAGUUAUUUCAUACAACUUAUUACAUUAAGGGAUAUACAGUAAAUUCUACUGUAUAUCCCUUGAAAAGUGUGAAAAAGAAUGCAAUAUGCUUGAAAUUAUUCUAGUACAAGGUUUUGUCCAGUGAAAAUUGAAAUUACUCAAUUUCCUAUUGGAUUUCAUCUUACACCUGUAAUUUCUUUUGUUCACUUUUUGCUGUGGGCUGGGGAGGGGGUGUUGGCUGCGGGAGAAUGAGUAGUUUGCCAAGUUUUCUUUUUUUUUGCUGUUUCUUAAAGUCUAUGAAUUAAUUUAUUACCAACAUUCACUGUGUUUUACAGGAUGAUGACAAUGAAGGAAUUCAGGUUUCAAAUGAAAUGGCCAACAGGAUGUCCCUAUUUUAUGCUUAUCCCACUCCUAUCUUAAAAAUCCUCAGUGAUGCCACAUCAAAGUUUGUCACAGAGGUAUGAAGUGCUCAUUAUAAGUUUCUUAAGUACAAAUUCUCCAAACUGAUCUCUAUACAUUUUCUUAAAGAGUAAGUUGAGAGAAUUUGAUGAAAGACCAAAGCAUUUUCUCUUGGGUGAUCAAUUUAUUAAUUCUCAUAACCAAAUCUCUUGACAAUCAAUGGAUAUGGUUAGGAGAAAAUUGAUGUUGGACACCAUUGGGACUUGAAGGGUUAAAGUACACAUGGGCAACGGACUGUUUACAGUUUAGGCGCAUAUCCACACCCGUUUCAACUAGAAAUCAGUCAGAUUUUUCAUAAUAAACAUUUUUCCAAAGUUCAAAUCUGGAAAAAUGGUUUGGACAGAAUUUGUCCAAACCAUUUGAUGUUCUUUUUCUUUUUUGUAGCUUUUCUUCCAACUUCCAGGCAUUAGAAAUAAUAAUAUUAAUAAUCUGCUUCGUCCAAGGAGAAUGGAACUGGCCAAUAUCCUGUCUCAGUGACUCAGAAACCCAGGAACAGGAAAGGGGACUUUAGGGAGUUAAAAUCUAAAAACUUUCUUAGGGAAGCAUUGUCUGAUGAUCUUUUGAAACUUAUCAGUUGUACGCUCUUUAACAAUUUUCUUUUUGUUUUUCCCUUUUUCAGAACAAAUCUAUUCCCAUAGAAAAUACAACAAAUUUCCUUAGUGUGUUAGCAAAUCUAUGCAGAACAAUGCUAGAAGAUCCGUGAGUACUUUAUGUUCAUUGCUCUACUAAUUGACAAUAAAUUUAAAUUCAACAUAGGGUGUUGUGUUGUGUUAAAAUGUGCAAAACCUUGAAGCCAUGAAUUGUAACUUAAAUGUCUUUGUUUGUAUUUUGCUUAACACCCAUUAAGUCGUGAGUGGCUGUCACGAAUGGUUUUGCAUUUCCUUUGUGCACCACAGCCUAAACAGCAAUACACAAUGUUCACCAUGAGUGUACUAUUAAAUUCUCUGCCAAUAUCAAUUCAAGUCGUAGGCUUCUUAUAAUUGUUUUUUUUUUUGCGGCAUAAUCACAAAAUCUUGUUUUUCUCUUGUAGGGAGUUUCCCUCGAAAAUCGCAAACAAAGAAACAUAUCUUUUUUGUCUUCGUGUAAUGGUGAGUUGCUCCUAUAAUACAAUACUUUUCAAGAACAUAAUGUUCAAGCUCCUGUUUAGUGAUUCUGGGUUUUAACCCUUCACCUUGCUUUGAGGAGAUUCAGUAAGGUGAUUUUAACAAAGGAACACAACUACAGCUGAAUGAAAAAAACGUGGUAAAUCUUCAAGUGGCAGUCAAGUCAGUUCAAACUGCCUUACCGAGGGUUAGUUGGAGUUUUGGUGGCCAAGCGGCCAACGUUUUGAACUUUGGAUCCGCAGAUCCAAUUUCAAGCCUCGCCAACAGUUUGUUUCCUUAAAAAGAAACAUUGCUCCACUUAAUCUCUCUUCACCAAUGCGGUCCCCCUGACAUCAAGGACUAAGCCACCCAAAGGUCAAAAUGCGCCAUUUUCCCAGCCUUGCUUGGGAGGGGAGGGGACAGGGGGUCGCUAAAUUUUCCAUUUGUUUUGUCCAAGAUUGCAGUCUUGGACAGAUUAAAAUGGAACAGCAAACCCCUCAUCCCCCCAAACUAUCAAGGAUGAAACCACCCGAAGUCCAAAACGCGCCAUUUUCCCAUCAUUGAUUUCUUUGUUGUUGUUGUUGUUGUUGUUGUUUGGUGGGGGUGGGGGUGGGGAGUGGUUUCCGUUUCCGUUUACCUUCUCCAAGAUUGUAGCCUGCCUAGCAGUAGCGGUUUGUCGAGGCGAGUUCAUCAGCUUUCGUGAAAUAACUCGAUCGGAAACGCGCGCUAGGCAAGCUGUAAUGAAUCUCGUUUAAAAAUACUAGUUUGUGGAAAUGUGUAAUUGAAAUGAAAUGUAUUUUUUCCAGGUUGGUCUUAUAAUUCUUUAUGAUCAUGUACAUCCCAUAGGAGCAUUCGCUAAAAACUCAACUAUAGAUGUAAGUUUAUUAUUUAAAUCUACUUCUAAUAAUUUUUAUUAUUCAUUCAAAAUAUUUCUCCGUUUCUGAUUAGCGAAAAUCCCACUCAUUCCUCAUAACAAGCUACUGUCGACCAAAUUUGGAAGAAUUUUGCGAUUUGUCAAAAAUGACGUCAAUUGUGCAGCAAAAUUGAUAGAUCAUUGAACCGCUAACCGAGAAGACCUGAGGACGAGGUUGAAUUGUUUUGGCAGUGAGUACAAAAUGACGGAACAUUUCACUCGUUUCACAAGGAAGAAAUGGGCGAACUAUUGGCUAGAAAUAUAGUAAGAACAGCAAGAAGAUAACUUGACGGACACCAUCUGCUAUUUGGAGAAUAUUUGCAGUACUGAGCAACCCUUUAUCUCCUAAACUUGCCGAUAAACAAGUAACUGAAGAUGAACUUAAAAUCGAUAGAGGUUUGCAUGUAUUAGCUUGUUUUUAAACUAGGAAUUAUUUUGAAUGGUCAAUAAAACAACUAUUGAAUUCGGCUUUCGUAUAAUCUGAAGAAUUAUGGAGAUCUCAGAGGGUGUUCAGUAUCCGCCUAGGCCUACUCCAUAAUUUUUCAGAUGAUACUCAGCAGCCUCAUCCAAUUUGUUAAUUAUCCAUCCACAUGAAACCUCUUUGGUGGUCGGACUUUCGCGCGGCACCAUUUCGUUUGACAUUCUCUGUUUAACUGAGAUUUGGUUUUUUUCUUUAAUCAGUGUCUGAAAGGGCUUAAAAAGAGUUUCUUUAAGUCCGUUUUUGUUGGGUUGUCUCGUGAAUUCGCCAUAUAAAAAGUCGACUUUUGUGCCAGUCUAGGGCUUGAAUAAUAUGUAGUCCCAGAAAAUAUCCAUACCGCCCACCCCUUCCCUUACGGACGGCGAUGGAAAUUCCUAGGGAAGCGGGGUCCAACAGGACGCAAUUUCCGAAGGGGUGGGGAGUGGCUUCUCGAGGUCUUUUUUCCGAGGCUGGUGAGUUAUCAAAAAAUAACAGCCUCUCUGUUGAGCAAGCUAGGAGUUGUACUGUUAACGGUCUUAAAAUAAGAAUUAUUGUUUUGAUUGAUGAUAUUUUAUUAACGGUCGGCUGAAGUUUGUUUUUCACGGCUUAUGCGACAGAUAGUUGUCCUUGGGGUCUAAAUCAAAAGUCCCCUCUGAAGGGGGGGGCGGGGGUGGGGGUAUGGAUAUUUUCCGGGAAUACACGAUUACAAGGACUCUCAAUAUUAAUGAACACUCAUGGUAAACAAUUUUAAACUGUUUACUAUGAACCCUGCAUUAGUUUGAGUUGAUAGAUAUUGUGGGCUUAAGUUUCGAAAGCAAUUGGUCACACGUAUUUUCAUCUGCUUUUCUAACCAACAAGAAGCAAUUAUUUUCCUGGGCUUUCACUUGGGGCAGGCCAGGGGCUGGGGAUUACCCCUGGCUACUAUAAAGAGCAUGAUCUCCGGCUACUUUCGCAGGAAAAAAAUGAAAAUAGGACAAAAAAGAACAUCUUAGCUUUUCAAUUACCUGUCUACUAAUAGGCCAUUUCCGAGUUCCCCCGGGCCUCUGUUUCAAAACGAGGGUAGGUGCUCAGCCUUUGAUAUGGAAAUCAUUUUUCAUUCUCAUGCAAAUAAAACUCAUUUUCACAAGAAAGGUUGUGCAACUAGCCCCUUUUUGAAAGUGAGGGUUUUUGGAACUCGGAAGUGUCCUACUGCAUGUACCUGGCAUUUUGAAAUCUUUCUGGAAACCCUUAUUGUUUUUUCAUAAAGAAAAAGCUUUCAAGAUAAUUAUAUGGGACCAUAACGUCUUGAUUUCAGAUAUACGUUGUGCUUUAUUUAAUUUUUUUUUAUCGUAUGUAACUUGUUAAUGAUGUCUGGUUUUGGUAUUACAGAUAAAAGCAACAAUAAAAGUGUUAAAAGAUCAACAACAAGGUUCGGUAGAUGGUCUCCUUAAUGCUUUACGGUAAGAAUGCUUAGAUCAUACUUCUAAACACUUCUGUAAGAUUGCUAUGGUAAGGACACACAAUUAUCAAAAAAGGAAGAAGACAGAGACCAUUCCUUUCAUAAUGUUAUAGACCAAACUAGUCCUAGGUUAACCUGAAUUUCAUCCGAUUACUUCGAGUCGUUAUUACUGGAGAAAACGACUCGAAGCAAUUGGAUGAAUUUCAGGCUAGUCCUAGGUGUUAUGUUCUUUAAAUUUAUCCAGGAUACCCUGGGUACCAGAGAUUUUUUUUCGCGUGUGGCAGGAAUCUUCGGUGAAUCUUCGGGAAUCUUCGGUGCCGGCGAAAGGCUGCCUUAUCUUCGGCCGUAGACCGAGGCCACGAGCAUGACAAAGUCCGAAAACCGCGCAGGAAAAAUCUCUGGCACCCAGUGGCCUGACGAAAAUCUGUACCAAGGAAUGUAAAUUAAGCUUUUUAUUGUGGCGCCGCCCAAAUAGAGUAAUCGAGUUCGCUUGUCGUUUGAUUCAAACUCAAAAGAGUACGAACCCUAAAAGAAAAACGUGUACUAGCAAAUCACAAUGUUUUAUUGGUGUUUGUUAUACACCUGUCUAGUUUAUUAAAAAAAGGCCCGGACUUAUUUUAACCAAUCACAAAACUGGUGAUAGCAAUGCAAACCAAAACAGUCACGAAAUUACUUCGACACUCUUAUGAGAAAUACCUUUAUCGUUCUCUGUGGCUCCUUUGGGAUGAUCCGGAUUAGGAUUGGCCGUUUUUACACUAUAGGACCAUUAUUCGUCCAGACGGAUAACGCAUCUGUGGCUGUUUUUAUACUACAGUCGUAUUAUCUGUCUGGGCGAACUUGGGCAAACAUUUGAAGUAAGACGUCUUGAACGACGCACUACGAAAGGUACUGAGUUCGUCUGGACGCAUAAUGCGUCUUGUGCCCGUCCUUAUACUUGAGACUCGUAACCAGACGAACUACAAAGUGUUUGCCCAAGUUACCGCGGCAGCCUUAGCUCAGUCGGUAGAACGCUUGACUGCAGAGCGGGAGGUAGCGGGUUCGAUUCCCAGGACCGGACCAAUACUCAGGGUCUUAAAAAUAACCGAGAAUUGAAGGUACUGCCUUAACGGCUGGACCUUCGCGUGGCUCGGUUGACCACGUAAAAUGGCGGUCCCGUCACCGGUAGGAGACGUAAAAAAUAGUGUCCCCAAGUAGUGCUUUCGUGCUAAAUACGUUGACACUCAAAUAAAGUGCCUUUUUUUUUUCGUCUUGACGGAUGGUGCGUCCUUGGUAUAAAAACGGCCAUUCAUGAUCCAAGAUCACUCGGAUCAUGGUGCAUCAAUUCGACACUUUAGAAACGAGAAGGGCGCUUUCCAUUCAACAAAAAUUCCGGUUUGAAAUUUCUGAAAACCCACUUGCCCCAAUGGAACGAUACAUGCCGGUUUCACAGACCUGACCCAAGCCACCACAUGUUACUGUUUGGUUAUUGCUCUUGUAAGCAGGACGCAAAAGAGCAGUACUGGGCCAACAGUGUUUUCAAAUGAAAAGGGACAUUUUGGUCCGACCGACAGAAAUGACCGGACCGGUCAAACUGCACCAUCUUCAAAGGUUGUCCCAAGUAUUCCGGUCGGACCGAACGGAUGGUCCGUUCCAUUUGAUUUGUAACCGAAAUUUCCGGAAUUUUGGGCUGAAUGGAAAGUGCCCGUUGUUUCAGCUUUUUGUUUAGCAUUCGUAAUUAGAUCAUCUAAUCAAGGCCCCCUUUCUUUCUGGUUCUAGGUAUAGUACGAAGCACUUAAACGAUGAUACUACGCCAAAGAACAUCAAAGCCCUUCUUGUUUGA